AUGCCCCCCGAAGGUAGCACGAGGGCUGGGAUACUGCCUGAUUGCCUAAGCCUAAAAGAGGAAGUCGAGAGGCAGAGGUCGGGUUCCAACUAUGGACCUUCCGGUCAUAUGGAUACAAGCCUUUCUCCGGUGGGCUUGUCUCAGGCACAGGACUUGAAGGUUCACAUGAAUUCCCUACCAAUUGACGUGGUGAUUUCCAGCGAUCUUAAACGAGCCAGUAUGACGGCAGAGGCCCUGGGUCUUUCAAUCCCGUUGGAGCUGGACAGUAGACUACGUGAGCGAAAUUUCGGUCGAUACUGCGGGGCACCGAGGGGCGAAUUACAAGAAUUCGCGGAACGAAAUGCCCGGACCGGGGGUGGAUGUGAUGGGUGGCGUGCAGUUGGUGGAGAGUGCAGUCACGAGAUGGCCCACAGAACGUCUACGUUUCUGCUCGAUUUUUGUUCACGUUUGGUUCAAGGAUUGCGCAACGAAGAACCCUUGUCUGACUACAGUCAUGCCAGUGUGCAGCCUCCGAUAUUCCGCUCGUCAUCCCGUGCCUUAAUGCCUGAGCCUGUGCAGGACUGUUUCGGUGAUCCAGACAAUCACACCUUUCGAUACGCUGGACACGCAUUGAUGGUCAGUCACGGUGGGUGGAUCCGACAUUUUCUCCGUCUAAUGGCACUACAGGCGGAACAUAGCUUUCGUUUCCCGAAACAGUGUUUGAAUUCUGUGAUGAAUAACUGUGGUAUUUGCCAGAUCGGGAUAGCAUUUGAUGUGGCACAAUUCCUAGCCUUUCGUAACCAACAGCCACCGACUCAGGUGACAGGAAGCCUUUCUCCGUUGCCUGUGUUUGGGAAUUUGUUAGAAUCCCCAGAUCAAGAACACAAAUGCCAAUUUCAUCAUCUUGCUCAUCAGCGGUUCCCCCUGUUUACCGUUUGCUACAACUUCAAUCUGACAAAGUCUGAUCUCGAUAUGAAGGAUGGCAAAAACCACUCCGCAUCCCCUUCGAAUAAGGCGGCCAAUGACCUUUGUGGCCGAAUGGAAGUCAUCUUCUCAGACGAUGGAGAUGAGUAUACUGGGAUGCCAACAACAAACGAUGCAAACCGAAACAGCUGAAGAAUUUGUGCCUAGUUUUGUUUUUCCCAAGUCGUUCUGUUAUGUAUCCGCUCGUGUUCGAUAGCGCCCAAAGUAGCCAGAAUUAAUUUCAAU